AUGAUCCCAGCUCCUUCCCCACUUAUUCAGGCAAGAAUUCAAAACCAGACUCCGAAGAAGCAACCUCAACCACAACAUAUUGAAAAGAAGAGACAGCCGAGUCAACCAAAUGCCGAAAAGCAUGGGAAGCCCAUGCCUGCCAAAUCUACGAAGCCUCCAGUCGACUAUCAGGUUCUGCUGUUGUCCCUGGCUGAUGAAUAUCUAAAUGCAGCUCAUGCUCGUGGAACAACCACCUCAUUGACUGCUGGCGAGACAGACGUUGAGGAAUAUUACAAGCUGGUUGCUACCGGAUUGGGCUGUUUGGAGGCUGUCUUGAAGAACUGGCGAUUGCAACCUCGCAAAGAAGCUCUUGUUAGACUUCGCUAUGCGCGUACAUUGUUCGAGGAAACCGACAAUGACAUCGAAGCGGAAACAGCAUUGAGUAAAGGGAACCGUAUGCUUGACUUGAAAUACAGCAUGCAGCACCUCUUGGCACGAAUGCUCCACAAGAGGAACCCUAAAGCUUCCUUAAAAGCGGUCGAUGGGAUGAUUCAGGAUGUGGAAGCGUACCGUCAUGCCGCAUGGGAGUACGCAUUUCGUUUCCUUCGAGUAUCACUCUCGUUGUCAUCUCCGUCACACCAAGACUCCGUGCAAGCGUUACAGCAUCUCCACAAAAUCACGGCUAUGGCUAGUCGUAACGGGGAUAAGGCUGUUUCAGCAAUGGCCGCUGUCAUCGAAUCACUUACACACUUGCAACAAGCGACAAAUUCCGAUUCUAUCGAGCAGGCGCAGCGCGCCGUGGCUGCCGCGCGAAGCCAUCAACUGAACGAUGAACUUCGCCAUAUACCUCAACUUACAACCUUGAUUCAAAUGGUCGAUAUCUGCUGCAGUCUUCUAGAGUACGACGUCAACCAAUCUGGACAGAAGUUGAAGGUCAUGCAGGCUUUGAUGGACGAAACUCUGAGCGACAGCAACUGGCGUCCCGAUGGGUCAUUUUCGGUCCCACUCAAUGGUAAAUCCGCCGGGCCGUCAUCUAUUGACACAGGUGACAUCUUGCAGGUUCAUAAUGGAACGUUGCUGUUAAGCUUCAACUGGCUUCCUCAGCACGAUCUUUAUGCGCUUUGCUAUUUCCUAAGCUCAAUCACGCUCAGUGCCAAGAACUCAUAUGAUGGCCGGAAAGCAGAGAAAUAUCUCGAGGAAGGGCUUCGAAUGGUUCAAGGCAAUUUCAAGGCCCCUCAAGAAAUUUCAGAAUCCAUGGUCAAUGCCAACCGUCGGGUUCAGUGGCGUCAGUCCCUCUACUGCAAUCUUCUCCUCCAACGAGUCUUCCUGGCCUGCGCUCGCACUGAUUGGGAUCUUGCCAGCCAGACUCUCAACGACCUCCGACAAGUCUUCCAGGAGCUUGGUUCCAACCUUCCGGACACCAUCGAAUGUCUGAUGGAAUAUGCCGCCGGAACCAUCGCACAGGCAACUGGCGAUCUCAAGGCCGCGCUGAACAUAUUCCAAUCAGUAGUUCUGACACUAGAUCCCGCUACCAGCAAGACAGGACGCAAUGACCCCUGUCGUGAUACGCGGAUUCUCGCCGGUCUCAACACAGUCCUCAUUCUCCGUGACCCAAGCCACCCGUCGCACUCCCUGCUCAGUGGCGUUCUAGCAACCCUCGAACCCUUCUGCCAAAGCAGUCCAAACAAGUACAUACAAGCUGCCUACUUCCUAGUCUGUGCAACCGUUCACUCCGAGUCAACGAUCCAAACAAAACAGUACCUCCAGCAAGCUCUGCAAUCCGCCACCGCAAUCAGCAACAGCCAAAUCACCUGCAUGACCCUAACAUUCAUGAGCUGGAAGUAUUUCCGCGGGGUGGUCGGCGAGCAAGCCGAGAAAAGCGCUCGAGCCGGCCGUGCAAUGGCUAAACGAGCUAAUGACCGUAUGUGGGCGAGCGUCACCGACGACAUGCUGGCUGAGACUCUGGAGCGACAGGGCAAGGGCGAGGAAGCGCAGAGCGUCCGUGAGGAAGGUCAACGCUUGGUCUCGGGUCUUCCGCCCCGUCUGAGACGUUCGGUCUGA